AACAUUUCUAUGGUCUCGAAUUAGUGGUUUCGCAUGAUGCGGUUCAAUUGCUGUGAGAAUUCUGGUAGUCCCAAGCAAACAUGUAUUUUCGAUUUUUCGAUUUCGAGAGAGGCGACAAGCUCGAUGUGGUCAUUGCUGAUUGCAACAUUCAGCAGUCAGGACAACGCACUCAUGUUAAUCGUGCAUAAAAAAAAAAGCAAAAGCAGCCCUGUUCGUAGUAAAAAGGAGCAGCAGCCGCCGCCGGCGGCCAUAGCACAGGAGCCCGGAGCUGUUUCUUCGUCGCAGGAAUGGGCAAGAAUGGCACCCAGUACGCAGUGCUGGACGCCUUCACGGCGGAGCCGUUCAGGGGCAACCCCGCCGCGGUGUGCCUCCUCCAGGACGCCGCCAAGGCCGCUGACGAGCGGUGGAUGCAGUCCGUCGCCGCCGAGUUCAACCUCUCCGAGACCGCCUUCCUCCUCCGGGACUCCUCCGCGUCUGGCGCCGCCCCGCGGUUCCAGCUCCGAUGGUUCACCCCCGCCGCUGAGGUGGAGCUCUGCGGCCACGCGACGCUGGCCUCCGCCCACUUCCUCUUCACAUCCGUCCUCGCGGAGCACGAGACGCUCAUCGAGUUCUCGACCAAGUCGGGGAUUCUUACCGCCAAAAGGGUUCCUGCGCCGGAGAGCACGGGCGUGUCAGGCGAGGGGAAACUGUUCAUUGAGCUGGAUUUCCCCAUGAUUGACCUUGUUGAUUGCCAUCCUUCCGAGCUGCCGUCCAUCCCCAAGACCCUGAACGGAGCCUCCAUUGUCAGCGUUCACAAGGCAACGACGGCCGGUGACCUCAUUGUGGAGCUUUCAUCAGGAAAAGAGGUUGCUGAUAUCAUUCCUAACAUUCAUGAAAUCAAAAUAUGUUCAGGCAGAGGAAUUAUUGUUACAGGGCCAGCGCCUGCUGGAUCUGGUUAUGACUUCUUCAGUCGUUUCUUCUGCCCAAAAUUUGGGAUACCUGAGGACCCCGUUUGCGGCAGUGCACAUUGUGUCUUGGCACCUUAUUGGGGUGGGAAGCUGGGGAAACACAAAUUGACGGCAUUUCAAGCAUCUCCACGGAGUGGAAUACUAUACCUGGAGUUAGAAGCUGCAGGCAGGAGAGUGCGAAUUCAGGGAGAAGCUGUUACUGUGAUGACUGGUACCCUCCUAGCGUAGCCGCUCAAUAAUGAACUUCGCGGUCUUCAGUUUGGUUGUGCGGCAUGAUUACUCUGCAGCAAGGAAUAAACUAAUUCUCAUUUCACCCGUCGAAAGAACUUAAAUACACUGCUUCCAGUCUUUGGAAUCAGAGUGUACCAGUCCGUGUGUCUGGAAUAAUAACUUAGUCGAUGUUCAAUGUGUGUGUAUAAUAUUUUCUGUUUGCAUUGGCUUCAAUUGGAGCAACGAACUAGACUUACGUGCUGGAUAAAGAACAUAUAGAUUUGAACAAA